AAAAAGUAAUAACUAGGUCGAUAGGUGCUUCCGUUCCGUGACUUCAAAAUUUCAUCAAAAAGUUUCAGCACUCCAAACACUUACGAGUAAGGUAAUGACAAUAUGACACGGUUCUUCUUUGUAAGGCGACAACAACAACAACGAAGUGAAUCUCUGUUUUUGGAUUCACCUUUCAAUUUAAGGAACAUUUGAUGUGAGUGAAAGCUUCGGAGGUAGACACCGUCCCUGUCACUGUCACCACAACGCACCGUGACAGUGUUAAUGGAGACCCCAAAACCCCACUUCCAUUCCGACGCAUAUGUCCAUCUUCUCCAAUCCGCAAUCAAAUCCAGAGACUCAUUCACCGGAAGAUUCAUUCACGCUCGAAUCAUCAAACAUGGUCUUCACUUCACCGUCUUCUUGAUGAACAACCUCCUCAAUUUCUAUUCCAAAACCGGGUCUUUCACCGAGGCUCACCGUGUGUUCAACGAAAUGCCCCUUAAAACCACUUUCUCUUGGAACACUGUUCUCUCUGCGUACGCUAAAGGGGGUCACAUAGAAACUGCACGCCGUAUGUUUGAUGAAAUUCCUCAACCAGAUUCUGUCUCAUGGACUACCAUAAUAUUGGGGUACAACCAAAAGGGUCUUUUUAAUACCGCCGUUCAGAUGUUUCUAAGAAUGGUUUCUUCUGGAAUUUCGCCAACCCAGUUCACGUUUACUAAGGUUCUUGCUUCCUGUGCUGCAACUGGAACUUUGGAUAUUGGUAGGAAGGUUCAUUCAUUCAUUGUAAAACUGGGUUUCUCUGGUGUUGUUCCUGUUGCAAAUUCAUUGGUUAACAUGUAUGCAAAGUCCGGCGAUUCGUUAAUGGCAAAAGUUGUUUUUGAUAGUAUGAGGCUAAAAGAUAAAUCAACUUGGAAUAUUAUGAUUUCACUGCAUAUGCAGUGUGGUCGACUUGACGUUGCUCUUGCCCUCUUUCACCAAAUGACUGAUCCAGAUAUUGUCACGUGGAAUUCCAUCAUUGCAGGUUACUGUCAUCAGGGACACGACAGUAAAGCUCUGGAAACAUUUUCUGAUAUGUUUAGGAGUUCAUCUUUAAAGCCAGAUAAGUUUACCUUAGGUAGUGUUCUGUCAGCUUGUGCUAAUCUUGAAAGCUUGAAACUUGGGAAGCAAGUCCACGCAUAUAUUGUAAGAGCUGAUAUUGAUAUCUCUGGGGCAGCGGGUAAUGCUCUGAUCUCAAUGUAUGCAAAAUCAGGUGCAGUUGAAAUUGCUCGAACAAUUGUAGAAUUAAGAGGUACUUCAAGUCUUAAUGUUAUAGCAUUCACAUCACUUUUGGAUGGCUAUGUCAAAAUUGGGGAUGUAAGCCCAGCGAGAGAGAUAUUUGAUUCAUUGAAAUGUCGCGAUGUAGUUGCGUGGACUGCUAUGAUUGUAGGUUAUGCACAGAAUGGCUUAGCUAAUGGUGCUUUGGAGCUAUUCAGAUCAAUGAUUAUAGAAGGUCCAAGGCCAAACAGCUAUACCCUGGCAGCUGUAUUGAGCGUCUUUUCUAGCUUGGCUUCUCUGGAUCUUGGUAAGCAGCUUCACGCAACUGCAAUAAGAUUGGAAGAAGUGUCAUCGGUUUCUGUGGGUAAUGCUUUAAUUACCAUGUACUCAAGAUCUGGAAGCAUCAAAGAUGCAAGGAAAGUAUUCAAUCAAAUAAGCUCCAAAAGGGAUACAUUGACUUGGACUUCCAUGAUUAUAGCUCUAGCUCAACAUGGUCUGGGAAACGAGGCUAUAGAGCUAUUUGAAGAUAUGCUGAAAUUUAACUUAAAGCCUGAUCAUAUUACUUAUGUUGGUGUAUUGUCUGCCUGCACGCAUGUGGGAUUGGUAGAGCAGGGUAAGUGUUACUUUAAUUUGAUGAAAAAUGUUUAUCACAUUGAACCUACCGCUAGCCACUACGCAUGCAUGAUUGACCUGUUUGGACGUGCUGGAUUGCUUGAAGAAGCAUAUAAUUUUAUAAGAAGUAUGCCUAUUGAACCAGAUGUCAUAGCUUGGGGUUCACUUUUGUCUUCUUGCAGGGUUCAUAAAAAUGUGGAUUUGGCUAAAGUGGCAGCUGAAAAGUUGUUUCUUAUUGAUCCCAACAAUAGCGGGGCUUACUCGGCACUUGCUAAUACUCUUUCAGCCUGUGGUAAAUGGGCGGAUGCUGCUAAGGUUAGGAAGUUAAUGAAGGACAGGGCAGUCAAGAAAGAACAAGGGCUCAGUUGGGUUCAAAUCCAUAACAAAGUACAUAUUUUUGGGGUUGAAGAUGCGCUUCACCCACAAAGGGAUGCAAUAUACAGAAUGAUUUCAAAAAUAUGGAAGGAGAUAAAGAAAAUGGGUUUUACUCCUGAUACUGAUUCUGUAUUACAUGACCUAGAGCAAGAAGUGAAGGAACAGAUCCUCAGACAUCAUAGUGAAAAACUGGCUAUUGCGUUUGCAUUAAUAAAUUCUCCAGGGUAUGCUACACUGAGGAUCAUGAAGAACCUUAGAGUUUGUAACGACUGCCAUUCUGCGAUAAAAUAUAUCUCUGUGCUUGUGGGAAGAGAAAUCAUAGUAAGAGAUGCCACACGUUUUCAUCAUUUCAAGGAUGGUUCCUGUUCCUGUCAGGAUUACUGGUAGAAGAAACAGUGGAAUUUCAUUUAGAAUCCAACCACAUUGUUGAUGAGUAAUUUACAAGCAUAUUGACCUGACAACUGCAGACACAUUAACUGGUUUCAAGUGAAUGAAUGCAAGAGUCUCCGAGUCAAUCAAUUGAUUGUCUGUCCUGGUUCAUGCCCCUACAAUGAAUCUUGCAGAUGAAAUCUCAUAUUACCAACUUGGAGAUAAUUCAGUGUACUCUCUUCGGCUAGUCUACAAAGGUUCCAACUGUUAAGUGUCUGUAUAAUAUUUGUGGCCCGUUCAUAUUGAUUGAUGCUGAGUUAAUCUGGAAUUAGUAUUUGGCUAUUUGCUAAAAAAGAGUAUUUGGCUAUUUACUAAAAAAGAGUAUUUGGCUACUUGCUGAUAGUCACCCACUUUAGUUGGUAAGCUUGAGGUAUUUUCUCUAUAAGAAGCAAUGAGCAUUUUGAGGAGCACAAAACAUGUAUCGGUUUCAGAUUGGUUGUUCUAUUUGCGAAGCAUAAAGAGUAAUGAAAUGGAAAUGGAAAGUUAAAAGAAAAAUAAAGGUCCAGUUGCUGAUUUUACAAGCAGACUUUACAAAAUAUUACUUGCAAUUUUUUUUUAAUCUAAUAGCUUUGCAAAUGAAGCUAGCCUACAAGUGAACAUAGCUGAGGCACUGCCGCUACGAUGCUGGUGUAGGACAUUCCUUCCCCGAGCUCACUUGUGGCUUCUCAAAUCUCAGGUGAAUAGUAACAGUUCGAUGUAUAUCAGGUCUUCAUCACCCAUUGGAUUGGAUAUAUGAUUAUAAAAAAAAAGGUAAAGAUGUGUCACCAAUGACUUAUAAGGUGUAUUUUUGGUAUGACAAUCCUAUAGAGCUACCACAUGGACUGCAUGUGGCUAGUGCUUUGAACAUUGGAUUCUACUUUCUACACAAAAUACCAGUUAUAGCUACCUUUUUUGCAGAGAAAAAAAGAUUCCUUUCUACUCCUUGUUAAUUUCCCUUCUAACCGAAGUCAACGGAGGCCUUACGUGAUUGAUGCUACCAAAGGUCUUGGAGCUAUUCAUGUGAACGUAAGGACUUGCAAUAGUCAAGAAAAUGAAUUUAGAGGCCUUGGUGCAACUUAUGCAAUUUGAAAAGGUCACACUGAACAUGAAUUUGAAGACCUGUCUACAGAGAAUUGUUAAAUAUAUCCUUACAAUAGGAAGUGUAUCUUUCAAUUUUUCAUGUUUACAGAAUACAUUUUUUAUGUACUCAAGUUUACGGUGCACAUUUUUUUUAUAGACAUUAUAUUUGUCCAAAAUGGAAAAAAUGGUGGGGUAUACUUCCAAUAGUAAAAUAUGUUUAACAAUUCUCUAUUUACAA